AAAUAUUCAGUUUUAAUGGAGGGAUGAUCACAAAGUCGAUGAAAAUCUCUCAUUUGGGCGUAGAAAAAUUGUGGAAAAUUAUGAACGAUGCCAAGGAACCCUCUUCUUCAAACAGUAAUUUCUCUAAUGAAUUUCAGAGUUCACAACAAAUGGAUUGGGGUUCAAGAUUCUCUAAAGGGGAAAUUGAUUACUGAAGAUGACUUCAAAUGGAGAUUACCCACAAGAGAAAAAGAAGGAAGUUGUGAAAUACUGAAGUAUGUUGGUGGGGUUGACUUAAGUUUUUCGAAAGAUGAUUCAUCUAUUGCCUGUGGCACUCUUGUUGUGUUGGACUUGACGACUCACAAAGUUGUUUAUGAAGAUUCUUCUAUUGUUAGGCUUCACAUUCCAUAUCUUCCUGGCUUCCUUGCUUUCAGAGAGGCUCCUGUGCUUCUGGAGCUUUUGGAUAAAAUGAAGAACAAUGCUCAUUGUUUCUACCCGCAGCUACUAAUGGUUGAUGGCAAUGGAUUGCUUCAUCCUCGAGGUUUUGGUUUGGCUUGUCAUAUUGGUGUCUUAGCUGAUCUUCCUACUGUUGGGGUGGGAAAGAAUUUACACCAUGUUGAUGGUCUUACACAAUCUACGGUAAGAGAACUCCUUCAAGCAGCAGACUCUCCUGAAAACGUCUUACCGCUAAUUGGGCACUCUGGAUGUACCUGGGGAGCGGCAAUGCGAUCAUCUGAGGGCUCUUUGAAGCCCAUAUUUAUUUCAGUUGGUCACCGUAUAUCUCUCGCCACUGCCAUUGAAAUUGUGAGGAUGACUUGCAGAUUUCGUGUUCCAGAGCCCAUCCGCCAGGCCAUACUGCGUGGGACUACACUGGGUAUGUCGUUGUUAUUGUGAUUCUCUUACAUUUGAUGUUGUAGGCUGAUAUAAGAUCAAGGGAGCGCCUACGGAACAAUCAAUGAUUAUGUACAUAAUCGCUUCUUUGUAUAUUUCUGAGUUUCUACUACGUUACAUGAACUCGUUUAUGGGUGACUAUAAGUAUCUUGUACGGGUACAAAUAGGUGUAUUUUUUUUACUAUGUUUGCUUGAACUCUUUAAAAAUGUUGAUGCCUGUGUGUCGGAUCCUCCAGAGUUAGUGCAUUUUUGAAUGAUCUGACACGGGUACAACAACAUUUUAGGAGAAUCCGAACAACGUAGUUGAUUAGGAGAAGAACAACUUGAUGUUCCAAUAGUGUUUUGAUGAACCUAGCAUAUUGGAGGUACACACAUUUCCAUAUACAGAUAUAACAAUUUACUCCAAUAAUAGUUUAAAGUUCUAUAAAUUAAU